UAGUGAGAUAUAUGAAAAUCUUUUAUCCAAAAUUAACAGAAUGGAAAAUGAUAGUAAAACUCAGUACAAGACGGUAUUAAAAGAAUCUUUCCAAGCAAUUGAAAAUUCGAAAAUCAACAUAAGUCAGAAAUUACAUGAUUACAACAAUGACCAAGUGCUUUCAGUGGAUCUUCUUCAUGAUAGACUACAUGCAAUAGAACAAAACAACUCUGACAUUAUGAAGAGCAUUGAAAAUCUGCAGCAUACAAAGGAACUUCUUAAACAUGAGUCAAAUAGAGUUCAAAAUGCAUUACUUGAUGUAACAAGUAUUGUGACACCAUUACAAAGAGAAGUGGAAAUACUGCAGACAUCUUUGUUGGGAACUCACACCAGUCACAAUAAUUCUUUUAUAAAUAUAAAGAAUGAGACUGUGCAGAAUGCAGCAAAUAUUGAAAAUAUUUUGGAGAAACUUACAAAUGAUCUGUAUCCCACUAACCUUACUGAAAAGGUUAAUAUGCUGGUUAAAGAUCAGAUAAAAAUGUUAGAGGAGCAAAUGGCAUUGGGUAUUAAGGUAUCAUAUGUAUCAGAAAAACUCAAGAAAACUGAUGAAGAUUUUGCUGACAAAUUCAUGAAAUUAUCUUUGAGAAUUACUGAAAAUGACAACUCAUUGUCUCCCAUGAAAGAAAAAAUUAAUCAAACGGUAAAGUCUUUUGAUGAUGAAAUCUUUGAUUUGAGAUUCAAGAUGUCUAACUAUUCGAAAAGUGUCUCAUUGUUGACUCAAUAUAACUCAUCCACAGCAAUAAAAGUGAAGUCCUUAGAAGAAGCUAUCAAAGAGAUUGAGAAGAAUCUGACAUCAUUGAAAUUUCAAUUCGAAAAAAACAACGAAAUUUUGUUGCCGAAGUUUAACAAUCAAACAACGAAAUUGAUGGAGUUGGAGAAUAUUUGUAAACGUGGCAACACGAACAUUAUCAAAACUAUAGAACAGAUUGGAAACUCAAGCAUUUUCAUUUCAAAUUUCACUGAAUCUACAUUAAACAUCAUAGAACAAAAUAAGGAAUUAACAAAAAAUCUGGAAACGAAGAUAGGAAUUAUAUUUGAUACCAUGAAGAUCCAAGAUCAAGUAAUCGAUGAAAAUGUUGUGAAAAUAUCAGAGCUAUAUGGAUUGAAUAACAAAACUUUGUCAAAUGUUACAUCAGUGAUCAAACGUUUAAUGAAAUCAGCAAAACAAUCUCAAAUGUCUCAUAUGCUACAUAUGAUGGAUUUGUUCAACACCUCAGAAAGGGACAUGAAUGAAAGAAUACUCAGUUCAAAUAAAUCCAUGCAACAUCUGAAUGAUGAAUUAAAUGGAAUUCAACAAAGAUUAGGAUAUCUCAUGGAUCGAAUUUUGAAAUAUGAAACAAAUGUUGAAAAAAUACAGAGAGUCAAUAUAACAAUGUUUUCAGAGCAAACGGAAAUAAGAAAUUUUGUUUCAAAUUUAUCUAUGGAGAUGACUGCAAUAGCAAAAGAAAUUAAUGAAAUGGAAAAUUCAUUGUUUGAGCAAAUUUCUGAGCAGAACACGUCUAUCUCUGAAGUUCGAAAUGCAAUCAUAUUGCACGAUAAGAGAAUCGAUAUUGUUCAAAAGGACUCAGGCAAUGCAUUCUCAGUUUUGUCGAAUAUUACUUCAGGAGUUGUUGCUGCAAAUAUAAAACAGAAAGAGGAAAUGGGGAUUGUUGAUAAGAAGAUGGUGAUGUUGCAAGGUGAUCUUGAAAGUAUUAAUGUUGCUAUUACUUCAUGUUCUCAAUCAGUACUGGACAAUCAAGAAAAUAUAAAUAAUGUUAAUACAUCAAUCAAUUCAAAUAUCAGAAAGCUACAGAAAAUGCUUAUAAUCUCAUAUAAAGAUUCACAAAGAGAUGCAAUUGAAAGUCUGAAUAAGACCAAAAUUAAUUUUGAUGAAAGAAUGGAAGAAAUUAACCAAUCUGUGUCUCAUGUCGCUAAAACAUCAAACCAACUGCAAGUAAAAUUUGAAAAUAUCACUGAACAAGUGUCAAUCAAUAAGAUGCUUUUGAAUGUUCUACACCUACAGGAUUCAAACAUAACAGCUGUUUUGUCUAAUGAGAUAACUGUGGCAAUAAGAAAUAUAACCUCAACGAUCAAGAAAUUGCAAGAUGAAAUGACGGCAAUGGAUGUAAUGCAACUGAAGCAAAAUAAAUUUUUCACCAAUUCAUUACAUAACCUUACAAAUGAAACAAUAUUGAAUAAACAUGAAAUUAAAGACAUUUGGAAUAAAACAACGAAAAGCAGUCUUGAACUCAUAAAUACAACUGACAUUAUGCAUCAUCAUAACCGAGAACAUAUAAAGCAACUGGAAAAUGUAGGAAGAGUGUUACAGAACUUGACCAAAAAUCAAGAAAAUAAUGCAUUUUUCUUUGAAGACAUUGUGAAUGGAUUUGCUCAAAUCAACAAAACUGAAAGAAAACUCUUCAUGGAUUUGAACAAAAUUAAAAUGUCCAUGAAGAUUUCUCAAGAUCUUAUUUUAUCGAAAGCCUUAAGGAGUGUAAAUGAGUCUGAGCUUAGAAUUAUAGAGAAUUUCAGUGCACAUAGUCAAUCAUUGAAGAAUAUUGAAAACAAAACUAGACAUCUUCAUUUGCGAAUCGAAAAUGUUGAAGAAUACAUUUCAGAUCAUGAGAAAAAUAUAAAACAAUUAGUACUUUCAAAUACUACAAUUACACAGGCUAUUGAGGAAUUCAAAAAAAUAGAUAUGGAUAUCUUCAUGAACAUAACAUUAAUGAAGCAGAUGGAUGAUUUUGUUGUGAAUAGUUUGGAAAAUCAUAACAAAACUAUCAAUGACUUAAGAAUCAGAAAUAUUGUUCAUGAACAAAAUGUUCUCAAUAUUCGAAACAACAUUAGCAGUAAUGAUCUUGCCUUGACAACUAUUAGUCAUAAAGUUGAAGAUAUUGCAAGAGAACAGAAAAAUAGUGAAGAACGGUUUGCCAAAACGAUCUCAAGUAUUUUGGAAAGAGUGGAUAACAACUGGAAUAGUAUUAGUGUCAAUCAUUGGAACAUAUCAGAUUUAGUUAUUGCCAUUGAAAAAGCAAAUUUAAAAUUUAUUUCAGAUAUGGAUAAAUUAAAUAAAUCUAAUAUUAUUACUUGUGAGAAAGUUCAAGAAUUCACCUUGGAUAAACUGGAAAAAAUCCAAGAAAAUGCCACUACUAGAAUAAACGAAUAUGGGGAAAAGUUGAUGCACCUCAAUGAUGAAUCGUCAUUGUUUCACUUCAAAUUAUCUAACUUGACAAAGAGAUUGGAUGAUACACAAAGUGAUAUUGGAGGUAUACAGUUCAACUAUGAAGCAUCAUCACAGAAAUGGAAAUCACUGGAUGAUUUUGUGAAAAACUUGACAUACAAUUUCACACACUUUCGUACUGAAUUUGUUGAAACGGAAAAACAUAGGCACCGAGGUGAAAGAAGGCAAAAUGAGACAAUAGGGUUAUUAGAUGAAAAAUUUAUAUUGCAAAGAAGUUCUAUCGAAGGGAUGUUGAUGGAUAUACAGAAAAAUACUCAACUUUUAGGAUUUGUUGACAGAAGAAUGAAUCGAUUUGAUAUUGAACAGACAGUCAAAGAAGAAGAUGCAACUAAAAUGGCAAAUCUUGUACUUAACAAAGCUCUUGAUAAUGAGAAGCAAAUUGAAUCACAUUCUAAACAAUUCAUGAAAACUCUCAUAUUCAUCAAUGAGUCUAGUGCAAAAUAUGCUGAUGGUUUUGAAACACUUUCAAAGAUGAUCAGAGUUUCAGAUCAAAACAUUUUGAGUGAUGCCUUCACUGCAAUACAUGAAUCUGAAAUCAAGAUUUUGGAAAGAAUAAACCAUCAUAAUAAAUCUUUGGAGCAUAUAAGUGAAGAUUCUGCUAGUCUUCAUGAACAAUUCAUACAAAUUUCAAAUCAAGUAUCAACAAAUGACAAAGUGGGAAAGCAAUUACUCAAUUCAAAUAAUGUGACAAUUACUAAAUUUGAAAGAAUGAAGGAAUUCAUGUUGAAUUCAUCAGUAAGAAUGGAGGAAAUGGAAGACAACUUGAAGGUCAUAGAGACGAUUUGGAUAGAGAAGCAAGAAAAUAAUGAAAAAAACGAUGUAGAAAUUUUGUCGAAACUUUCAAAUCAUAGCAGAUUUCUGGAAACUGUUUACUCUGGAAUAGAUGAUUUGAAUACAAUCCAGAGGAAGUCUAUGAAUGCCACGACAAAUACACUUCUACACUUGUCUGAAAAAGCGAAGAGUAUUGACAACAAAAUCGAGAUACAAUCUAAAGAGAUAUAUGAAUCACGAUUGAAUAUACAAAACAACAGUUUGCAAAUUGAUAUGCAUACUAUAGAAAUGAACAAUUCAUUGAUAAAUCUGAUGGAAAAAUACACUAUAAUCAAUGAUGAACUCGAUAAUGUGUUUGAGCAACUUGUUAACCACAAACAAAGUGCUGAAGAAUUACAGCAAACAGAAAUGUUGCACAAUGAGGAUAUAAGAAAAUCAAUGUCGAAAAUUUCAUCCAACUUGACAUCAUUAGCAAAUGAAAUUGAGCAUUUGAAUGAUAGUUGGUCACAAAGAUAUCAAAACCAGAGUGAAGUUAUGAGCAUGAUCAAAAGUUACACAUCUGUGAAUCAAAACCAUGUUACCAUAAUCAAAAACCAAAUUGCUAAAAAUGAAAUGCAAUUGAAAAAUCUUAGUAGUGGAAUGGAAUAUCAUAAUGAAAUUUAUGAAAUAUCUCAAAAGAAGAUGGAGAACAAGUUUGCACACUUGUUGGAGAAAGCAACCAAUAUUGAUCAUUCCAUCAAAAAACAUGCUGAAGAAAUAUCUGGAUUAGGAUUAAAUAUGCAGAACAACAGUAUGCUCAUAGAUUUGAAUUCUGUCAAAUUGAAUGAUUCGAUGAUAAAUUUUACUAAGAAAAAUAUUCAACUAUAUGAAAAGCUCAAUAAUUUGUAUGAGAAACUUGCAAACAAUGAACAGGAUAUCGAGAAAUUACAAAAAUCAGAUAAUGCAACAACGAUACAAAACUUGGACAUCAGAGAAGCUUUUUCAAAUAUAUUUUCCAAUAUGGCAUCAUUAUCAGUUGAAAUAGAACAUUUAAAUGAUAGUUGGAUACAAAAAUAUCAAAAUCAGAGUGAUGCAUUACGCUUGAUCAAACGUUCUACAACAUCAAAUCAAAAAAAUGUCAGCACAAUUGUGAAUGAUGUUGCUCAAAACUUGUUUCACAUGAAAAAUAUUAGCAACAGAAUAAAUAAUAAUGAGAAGUAUUAUGAAACUUCAUUAAAGAACCUACAAAACAAGAUAAACCACCUAUCAGUGGCAUUAGAAGAAAACAACAUUAACACAAAACUGAACUUCGAUGGGUUAUUUGGAACAAACACUACUGUAAACGAAUUGUCUUCUUUGCUCAAUUCUGAAGUUGUAAAAUUACGAGAAGAAAUCGCUAUAUCUAGUGAUGUGAAAUACAAUGUUACAUUACAAGAAAACAGAAAACUUGGUUUGGAUGUUGUUCAAAAAUUUGUUGAGUUUAAUAAAUCCAUUUCUGCGAUGGUAAUUGAUAGUUCAAUGGAAAUACGAACGAAUUUGGAUCAAUUGAAAAAGAUGGUGACAAACAAUACAGAUGAUUUAAAACGUUCAAAGAUUUUUGAAAAGGAGGCUAAAGCAGUCAAUUAUGAUACAUUGACCAACAUCACAUCUUUGCGAAUGGAGUUACUGAAGUUGGAGGAUUAUUUGGAUAAAAUGUUACGAAGUCUAAAUAAAUCAAUGGGUGAUAAUAUUGUGUACCUGGACACAAAAGUAAAUCAAAACAAAAUGUUGUUGAUGAAUUUGAGCAAAGUGGAAGAGAAAAAUGCAGAUAAUGUGAAAACAAAGAUGACAAGUUUGCUAGAAGAUUUCAGGAUUAUUAAGAUCAACAUAAGUACAUUAGAAGAAAAUAUGGAUUCUCGUGUAAAUCAGUCUUCCGCAAAAUUUAGAUCAGAGAUGGAGGGAUUACGGGUAUCAAUUCAUAAUUUCAAGAAUGCAACUCUAAGCAAAAUAUCAGAAAAAAUUUACCAGUCAGACAUAAAUAAUGCUGAAAGAAUGACUAAAUUUGAAAAGUGGAACAACGUAUUUGUUGCAAGACUCGACCAACUCGAGAAAUUCCAGAUAAAUAGUUCUGAACAUGCGGUACGAAAUUAUUGGAAACUUGUACAAUAUUUGAAUGGAACAACAGCAUUGGCACAAGAGAAAAUGAAGGCAAUCUUGUUUAAUAUAUCAUUGGAAUUCAAUUCUCUCAAAAAUGGAAUGAGUGCUAUGGGUGUAACAUUGGCUCAAAAGCAAAAAUCUUUGAAUGAAUCAAUUGGUAUCAUACAAGAAGAAGGUUUGAAUAAUGUUAAAGGAAUUUGGAAGCAAAUCUAUGAAAACAAUAUAUACCUUACAAGUAUAGAAAACCGAACUGAAAAUAAUCUCAGAAUCAACCAGCAAAACAAUGAAAGCAUCAGAAUUCAGAUUUCGCAAUUGUUUCAACAAACCAAUAGAAAUGAAGAACAACUUUCUAAACAUCUUCAAGAUUUAUUUAAUAUAUACAACUACAUCAAUACCACCAGCGAAAUGUUAUUAAAUGAUUUUGAAAAUUUGAAAAGAUUCACUGAACUUUCUGGGAAUGCAUCUUUUAUGACAGUCAUGGAUUCAAUAAAUGAUAUUAAAACUGACACUGCUGAAAAAUUAUCGAUGUACAAAGAAAAUAUUACACUCUAUGCUACGGAAUUUAAGAACAUGACAACUGGACUGCUUGUUACAGUGAAUGAACUUACUGACCGAAUAACAUCUAAUGCGAAGAUAUCUGAAACAUCAAUGUCAGUAUUCAAAACUAGGAUAUCUGCAAUUGAAGAAACAGCGAUUGAUUUGAAUAAGUCCUGGAUUUUGGUAAAUUCAAGUCAAUCAAACUUGAUAAACAAUGUUGAAAACAACGCUCUAAACAAUAUAAGUCUAAUUUUUGGAAUACUUCAAAAGCAUGAUGAAUAUGGACAAAAUAUAAGUGAAAAAGUUAGUUUGUUGGAAAAUAAGCAAAUGAAUUUCAUGGACAAAAAUGAACAAAUAGGCAUGCAGAUUUCAAAGGUCAUUCAAACAAUGGAUAAUGACAGGAAAGAAUUUAAUAGCAGUUUGAAUCUUAUCAGAAACAGGAUUGAGGAUAAUGACCAUGUUUCACAAAAUUUACACCAUGAUGUAAUGGAAUAUGAAAAACUUUCUAAUGCAUCUUUACAUAAGAUGAUGAGAAAAAUAUCAAAUAAUACUGUUAAUAUCAAAGCUUUGCAGCAAGUAGAUCAGACAAUGGAAACUGAAUAUCAGAUUAUGAAAAAUCAACUGUUCAACAUAACUAACGAAACGAUAUUUAUAAAACGCAAUUUGCGACGAUUGAUAAUUUCAUGGUCUGAGAGAUAUCAGUAUUGCAAUCAAUCAAUUACAUCUUUACAAAAAAUGACAUCCUUGCUUCAUCGUAAAAUUGAAGCAGGAAUGAUGAAAAAUUUGGAAACAGAUCUGAUUCUUUCAAAUAUCCGCAGCAACAUAGAAAAAAUUCAGAAUGAAAGGAAUGAUUUGCUCACCAUGAUUAAUGCAGCACAGAAAAUUUCAGAUGAUCACAAUAAAGCAAUUUUCGAUAAUGCGUUAAAAAUAUCGGAUGUAUAUGAUUAUAUUAAUGAGAGCUAUGAUAAUGUAGCUGAUAGUCUUGACCGUAUGAAGAUAUUACGUAAACAUGCUUAUGAAGACAACCUCUUGCAAGCUUUGGUGGCAAUAAACAAAUCAGAAGAAAAAUUGAAUGAAAGACUAACAGAUCAAGAAAACUGGAUCACAGAUCUUAAAGUUUCAAUAAGAGAAAUGGACGAGAUUCAGCAUAAUCAAACAUUGCUAUCUCAUGCAAUUUUGGAAAAUUCUAACAAUAUUCAGACUUUUCAAUUAUUUAAAAUUAAUUUAACCAAAGCACUCAAGAAAAUACCAUCAUUCUCUUCAAGACAAAGUGGGGAAGAAUUCAGAUAUUCAGAUUCAAAUAAGCGAUGUUCUUCAGUGUUCUUGAGUGAAGCUAAGCAAAAGUUAAAAAAUUACAUCAAAAUUGUAACGAAGAAUGUUACAGAAAAUGGGCUGUCAUUAAAACUCGUUGAAGAUUCAAUGCAGAAGUUCAUUAAUGAAUCAGAUUCUCGCGAAAAAUUUCUCAGAGAGGUUAAACAAAAUACAGUUGACAAUGAAUAUCGACAAAUGAAAUAUAUUGAAAACACUACUAAACUAAUAGAAGAUGUGUCACUCAAAGUAAAUUCCAAUGACCAAAAGAUUGAAAUAAUAAAUGAAGUAGCAAGAAAUAAGAGUGGAAAGAUUGAUAAUUUGUACCUUUCAUUUAAUCAAUAUAAAUUGGCUCUUAACAACAAUUUAACUGCCAGAUUGGAUGCACUCAAUGAAGUUUAUGGAAGGUUGAAUGCACUUGAAGUAAAUUUUUUCAACUUCUCAAAAAAUUUCACUCAAGUACAUGAUUCACUGAUUGGAACACAGCUCUUGUAUGAGGAAUUAAAAUUCAAUUUAGAUGAGGCUAUUUAUAAUACUUCAAGAGAAUUGAGAGAAAUAUUCAGUAUAAAUGAUACGCUGCAAGGUCAAAUGACAAAUCUAAUUGGGUUGGUGGCAAGCAUGCAAAAUCGAACUAGUAGCCUGAUUCAAAAUAAUUUUAAACUCUUAAACAAUGAUUACAAUAUGCUUGCUAAAAUUUCAUUCAACAACAGUAUGGAGAUUGAUAGUUUGAAAUCGAAGACUGAUUAUAUCCAUUUGCAUGACAAGGACUUAGAUGUAGUCAUUGCAAAUAUGUUGAAUGAAUUAUCAACAAUACAUGCAAAUUUGAGUUACAUUGAAAUAAGGGCAGAUGAAAAUCUAAACAAGCACAGACAACUAAUAUUAGAUUUGAAAUUAAAAAUACAACGGUCUGGAGAACAAUUGCGUGAACAAUUGAAAUUUAUGAUUCAAUCAAAUUUGACUGAUAUAAAAGUCUAUACUUCCUCUGCCUUACAAGAGCAGCAAACAGACAUGGAAAGAAGACAUGCACAAGACUUACAACUACGAGAUGAAGAAAUUCGUUCUCUGCUACGAAAAUUCUCCUCUCAAAUGGCGCAAAAUCUUCAAUAUUCAGAAAAACUUAAAAUAUUUGAUGAAUUACAUAAUUAUAUGCUCAGAACAUUAGAUGUAAUUGUUGCUAAGUCAAAUCAAUAUGAAAAUCAGUCAUUGGAAGUGAAUGCAAACUAUAAUAGACAUGAGGAAAUAAUACAAGAUUUGAAAAUUAAAAGUAUGGAUGCUGAAGUUUCUGAAAACAUCAUGAAACACAAAAUAUCAAUGCUGAUGAAUUUGCAUAGACAUGAUUUAGGAGAUGAGGGAGUCAGUGAAGAUUCUAAUUUUGGUUUAAUACUUUCAAUGCUGGAAUCACUUCAGGAAGAUCUUGUACAUAUCAACUUUACUGCUUGGAAUAGUUUUAAUGCCAAGCAUUUAGCAAUGUUAGAAAAAGAAACAUCUAUAGAAUAUGAUGAUUUUUAUCCAUCGCUCUAUCCAGCUGAUGAUAUAUUACAAGAGAGUGUGUUUGGUGGAAAUGCUCAAUCUUCGCCGAUGAAUGAACCAAUACUACGUAAUUCACCUGAAUUAAGUCUGUUGUCUAAUCUUACUAAAUUUGUGGGUGGAUUAGAAGCUGCUUUGUUAUAUAUUCUUCCAACAUCAACGAAGAUGAUAAAUAAUAUAAAAGAAAGUCAGAAGAACUUUUCAACCAACAUAAUCAAUGAAAUAAGAGUGAUAAAGGAAUCACAGAAUAAACUUCUCGGGAGCUACCAAACUUCAGAUUUGUUUGCUUCACAGAAUCACACUCAUGAAUAUAUAAUGAAUGCUUUCAUAACCUGCAAUGAAAGUAUUCAACAAGCUAAAAAUGAUAUCUAUCAACUUGGAAACAGUGUUUCAGAAAAUAUUACAAAGUUGAAUUCAAGUGUAUUGAUGGAAAAGCAGCGUUUGAGUCUUGUCGAGCAGGUGUUACCUCUUUUGGAGGAUGAUGUACUCAAUAUGCUGGGUUCAAUGCGACAAAUGAAUCGAAGUUUGGUAAAAAUGAAAUCUUCACAAUAUCAAGAACGGUUAUCGGACCAGCUUAUGUUGAAAGAACUGGAUGAUGUAAAAAGGAAAAGUGAGUUUUUCGAAAUUGUUGCCUCUAACAUCCAUCAUGAUAUAGAAGCCCAAACAAAUAACACAAAAGUGUUAUUGGGAGUUAAUGAGGAUUUUUCAAGAAUAGUCAAUGAUACUUUAAAACAACUCAACAUAGAAGUUGAACUUUUGAUGAGAGGAGGUGAAAGAAGAGACGGUCAUAUAAUAAAAGCAGAGAAAAGUCUCAGACAACACACAAAAGAUUUAGCUACUUUAUUCAAAGCAAAUGAGAAUACAGAAGCAAUAAUAAAAGCAGUUUCUGAGGAAAGUAAAUGGAAUGGAAACCAAAUUGAUACUUGUCUCCAAUCUCUCGAAUAUUUUGAUAAUACAUACACAACAAAAUCAAAAGAGAUGGAAAUAAUUCUACAAAAUCACACUUUCGACAUAUAUGAUCUCAGUGAAAGGGUUCGGGACUGGUCAGUUGUAUUCAAAAAUCUUGAAAUGAAUAAUAAUAGAGGAUCAGCAAAUGCCAAUAUAAAUUUCACAACGCAAGUUGAUGUUGAAGAUUCUGAUUCACCAUCAUUGAACAAAGUAAAAAGUCCAACGAAUCUCCAUAUAGUAUCUUCACAUCCGACAUCUCUUAUUUUCUCAUGGACUGCUUCAAUUACACCAGGUGUAUCAAGAUAUAGAAUAAAAGUUCAAGAAAUUAAUAAUGUAAUAUCUGUGCAGAUGGAGGUUACCAAAACACGAGUCACUGUUGGGACAUUGAUACCCGACAGACGAUAUCUCAUCACUAUUUUUGCAAUGAACAAACUUUCUACUCUCAGUGAACCAUUGACAGGAUUUGCGAAAACACCUCCCUUAUCUAGUCCGACAAAUAAUAUCACGCUUACAACAACUUCACUUCCUUCAACAAAUUUGCCAGAUGAAGAAAUCUCAACAACAAAUAUUUUAACAACUUCUAUAUCCUCCGCUUCAGUGUGGAAUUGUGACUUUGAAACUCCAUGCAACAUGCUACAAAGCUCAAGUGAUGAUUUUGAUUGGCAUUUAUAUAAUGGAAGUACACCUUCUGAAGAUACUGGACCUUCUGCUGAUCAUACUAGUGGAGACAAAUCUGGUGUUUACAUUUACAUUGAAGCCUCUCGACCACGCCAGACAGGUGAUGUUGCCAGGCUAGCAACACCAUUAUUUCCUACUAUAUCUGAUGCUUGUUUAGAAUUUCAUUAUCACAUGUUUGGAGUUGGAGCUGGAGAUCUUUCUGUUAUAUUAUCAACUGAACGUGGUCGAGAGCAUUUAUUAUGGUCAAAAUCUGGUAGCCAAGAAAAUUUAUGGUUGAAAUCACAGUUGGAAUUUCACGCUGAUGAAAGCUAUAGACUGAUCUUUGAAGCAAUAAGAGGUUCAGAUUAUCAUGGAGAUCUAGCAUUAGAUGACUUGUCAUUAAAACAAGGAUCCUGUCCCAAGCCUGCAUUUUCGUGUGAUUUUGAAAAACCUAACAUAUGUGGAUUUAUACAGGAUAGAACAGAUGACUUUGAUUGGGAAAGAAACACCGGUGCUACAUCAUCAUCUGAUACUGGACCUGUAACUGACCAUACCACUGGCACAUUAAGUGGUUAUUAUAUGUUUUUGGAAGCUUCAAAUCCAAGGAUCUUGAAUGAGAGAACUCGGCUUAUUAGUCCAGAAUUAUCAGCAAGUAAUGCUCAAUGUUUACAAUUUUUUUACCACAUGCAUGGAGCGGACAUCAACACAUUGAAUGUUUACAUAAAAACUAAAGACAAUCAUAUAAAACUACUGUGGUUCAAAACUGGACAACAAGGAAACGAUUGGAAUGCGGGUCGACUGCAAAUCAACUCUCCAAUAUCAUUCCAAAUUGUAUUUGAGGCAAUACGGGGACAUGAUUUCCAUGGCGAUAUCGCUAUAGAUGAUGUGUCUGUUGCAAAUGGAAAAUGUGUUAGUCCAGCUUGCUCUGCUGGAUUAGCAUUUGGAGAUUUCUGCUAUGAAAUAAUGAAUGUUACAAAAUCAUAUGAUGAUGCUUCAAAUAUAUGCAAAUCGAAUGGAGGAUUGCUGGCUGCAAUCAAGUCUCAAUCUCAACAAGGCUUCAUCAAGGAUCUCAUUCGCAGAAGUGUGGAUGAUUGGGCAAUGCUCUGGAUUGGUUUGGAUGAUCGCACAAGAGAUGGAUAUUUUAUUUAUAGUGAUGGAACACCGUUGGCAACCUUCAAUUCUUGGGAUUUGUACAGGUCUACUCACUCAACAACAAGUGAAAAUUGUGUAGCAUUGGAAAUUGCGUUUAAAAAUCGCAAUUGGAAUGAUAUUUCGUGUGAUCGUGAAUUAUCCUUUAUAUGCCAAUAUCCACUUAAUUCGUAAUUCUUCUUGCCCAUUAUCUGCUCUAUUAGCUUUAUAGUUGUGUGCUGAAUCACUAAAUAUAUCGGUAAAUAAAUCAUCACUUACAAUUA